UUUUAAUGUAAUGUGUAACUUAUUACAAUAAAAGAAAAAAGAUGGGAAAAUGCAGUCUUGAUUUGGGCAGGUAAUGUUGGUCGUCCAAUCAGCUUGGAGCGUUAGUUUGAUUAGAGAGCACCAGGCUAUCAUUACGGAAAUGAGCAGCACAUUCUCAAAGAGCUAGUGGCGCGCGUGAAUAUAAUCAAUUUUACAGGAGAAAGGUCCACACAUGUGGGACAUAUCGUGGAAAGGCCACUUAAACUGCCUUUCACAGUAAAUCUGAUCGCUGAUGUAUAGUGUCCUCCCCCGCGGUGAUCGCGCAUCGCGCCUCAUUCUCACUCCCAUUACGCAGCGGGAUUGACAUGAAACUGUGAAUUGUUUGCUGCUCAAAUAGAGUUGACCUGGAGCCAGCAGUCUGAGGGGUUGAGGAGCGACCAUACCUUCCACCUCCCCCCACUACAUCAGCAUGACAAAGCACUGGGGGGGUCCAGGCUUGUUGGCACCACCCGUGAUCACCGUAGGAGAAGGAGCACAACGCGACCAUCACCUUGACUGCAGAAUCGGCUAUUCCUCUUCCAAGCGCAGCUGUCAUCGCUCCUCAAACCCUUUGCUGGAGCUCGGUGGCCGGCUGGAUAAGUCCACAGGGAUGGCGCAGGACUCUUGUUAUAGAGCCAAAGCGACGAAUCAAGGCCCAUGGGAACUGCAGGAUGGAAACUCCAGUGGAGGAAAGAAGAAAAACUAUCAGCGUUAUCCCAAACCACCGUACUCUUACCUGGCAAUGAUCGCAAUGGUCAUCCAGAACUCGCCAGAGAAGAAGCUUACUUUAUCAGAGAUUCUGAAGGAGAUCAGCACUCUCUUUCCAUUCUUUAAGGGGAAUUACAAAGGCUGGAGGGACUCUGUCCGACACAACCUGUCUUCAUAUGACUGCUUUGUCAAGGUGCUUAAAGAUCCUGGAAAACCUCAAGGUAAAGGUAACUUUUGGACUGUGGAAGUGAACCGAAUUCCCUUGGAGCUGCUAAAGAGACAAAAUACAGCAGUGUCCCGUCAGGAUGAAACCAUCUUUGCUCAGGACCUGGCUCCGUACAUCUUUCAAGGUUACAGUCAGCCGAACAAGUCCAAACCUCUUCCCCCUGAAUCAUCUUUACCCCCUGUUCCAACCCGUCACAGCCCACCUCCAUCAGAGGACCCAUAUCGUCCCAAAUUGGACUCUACGUUUGCUAUAGAUUCUCUCCUGCAUAGCCUCAGGCCUGCCAGUUCAGCUGGGGAGGGGUUACGGGAGAGAGAAAGUUGGGGCGUCGGACCUCCUCCACACACUCGCUCUACCACUCCCCCACGCCCUUGUAAUGCUUCAUACAAUGGCAGUUCAUCAGCCAGCUCUGUCAGUCCCGCAUCCGAUUUUUCUGAUGAGGACUGGAGAGGGGUGACAGUUGUUGGGAAAAGAUCAGGAGACAGAGGAAUAACAUCAGAUGCAUACAGUGACUCCUGUCCUCCACCAAACAAAAGUUCCAAACGAGGCAACACCCCGCCAUGGGAGCUACCUACUUCCUAUGCCAAGUACACCCCUCCCAAUGCUGUAGCCCCUCCAAGCAUGCGCUUUAAUGGAAAUCCAUUCAUGCCACUAGGUGGUAUUCCAUUCUAUGGUUAUGGUAGUGCACACGUUACUACAUCACAUCUGAUAGGUCACCCAUACUGGCCCAUUCUGCCAAGUGGGCCAGUAUCCAUACAAGCACCUCCCCUUCUCAUGGACUUGGACAGUAUGCUGCAAUCAGUUCCGCCCAAUAAGAGCGUGUUUGAUGCGCUUGGAUCCAACAAUCAGACUGUUCAUCCGUCUCCAAACCAGUAUGCCCUACAGAACGGACCUUCCCUUUGCAAAUAUUCUCUUUAAACUGUCCACAUCCAUCUCAGAAUAGUCUUGGAGGAAAAGGUUUUCCUAUUUUGGGCACUGCUGACAUUCUCUGGGGGAAAUGUACAACAGCUGGCUGCAGGAGCAGUCUUUUCAAAGGGAUAUUUUGCCUUAUUUACGCACAAAAAUUUAUACUAGUACUUUAAAGGGUACAUGCUACUACUCUACUGGUAAAAAGGUAACUUUUUUUGUGGUAGAUAGGGUAUAAAGAUAAUAUUUUCAGUGCUGCACUGCCCUGGCAACAAGCUGUUGUACAGUUUAUGCACAUGUUUGGCAUGGCAGUGCAAGUUUAUACAAAGAUUUGCAAUAACUAAUGCUGCUCAUCACAGGAUAGACCAACUGUGGCUUGUCUCAGGGAAAUUCUUUAUGAACAGAACUGAAAAUACAGUUAAAACAGGCCAAUAUUGACCAAACAUUUAAUUGACUCCAUUGUAACUCAUGUGACUUUCUUUAACACAGUUACUACCUCAGAAUUUUACAAUCUUUGAAGAGGAGCAUUUGCUGCUCUUGUUUUCUAAUAUUGGCCCUUGUAAUGUUUUGUGAUAAUGCAAUGAAACACUUGACUUGAGCAGUGGAAUGUUGUCUGUUUAUGAGUUGUUUUACUUCGUAAAUGGACAGUUGCAGGAAUAAGCAAUGUGUUCGUGUGUGAAUGUGUAGAAACUGUGAGGAACCUGCAAUGUUUACAUAAAGACAGGCCUUUAUGCCAUGAAUGUGUCACUGUUUAUACAUUAGCUUUUACCAUGUUUUUUGUGUAUGUGUAUAUUUUUUAGACAUGAUUCCCACAGCCAGUUCUUAGUUGUUUUUAAAACACUUUCAUUACACCCCCAUUCCAAUUGGUAAAGUCCAAUCUCAGGUUCUGAUAACAGUGGUGGGGGCUUGACAGAUCUGAUGAGAUCCAGUCUUGUGUGUGUGUUUUGUUAUUACUGGCAAACAUUCACUUUGAAGAACUGUAAUUGGAGCCAUUUUUAUCAGUGUACUGUGUCAAAUCCUUAUCACUACUCAUUGUGUUCCUGUGGAAUGUAGGUGGUGUAACUACGAUUUUUAGAAUCUGCCUUUUUUAAUAUGACUGCUUAUUUCACCCUUUUAAAAAUGUCAAUUUGUAUAAAAUGAUCUAAAAGCUCAUAUUGAGCAAUUUGGUCAUUGAUUGAAUGUAAGCAUCGUUUAAUUGGUGGUCUGUGGUUGUCUCUGUCUGUCUGGUGCACGUCAUCCCAUCACCUCCUGCUGCUAUUUUCUGUCCUGUCCUUUUUUUAAAAUCAUUCAUCCACACCCCCAACACUUCCACCCUCUAGCAGGUCUAUUCUUUGCAAUGGGCUUUAAUUUGAGUGUAGAGGGGAUCCUCAGUUUGUGAGAGAUUAACUUCCACUAAGUUUGAGUCUUUCUUUGUUGUAUUAUUAUGUCAUGAGAAUGCAGUCAAACUGUAUUGGUCGAUUUGUUUUCAGUAUGUUCAUUUUAACCAUAUUUGUAUAAAGCUACCUAAUUCCUUAAUUUCUCUAUUUUUUAGUGUUUAAAUAUCAAAUACAAUAUUUUAGUGAUAUGACUCACAGCACAUAUUUGGUUCCUACACACAAAAAAAAGGUACAAAAGCUGUCACAGGGUGGUAAAUUUUUUACACCGGUUUACACUGGUACCUUAAAAGAACAUUUGUGCACUUGUAGGGUUUACUUUUGUACCUUUUAAGGUGCAAAUGUGGACCUGAUAAAAUUUAUAUUUAUGUGUGUAUAAAAUGUACCUUUUGAAAUGGUACCGCCCCAGUGACAGCUUUUGUACCUUUGUUUCUAAGAGUGUGAAUUAUUUUUGAUCACAUUGUUACUGUCUAACAGUUAUAUCAUAACUUUUGUUUUUUGAAGCCAUUCAGAGUAGCUUUUUGAAUGACCCCCCAAAAAACUGCCUUAACACUGAUAGGAAUAAAAAAAUCAUGAGAUUAAUACAUCUAAUGCAUCAUAUGUUUUAUAAUCUAUUUUAAAGGUCAAUAUUCAUUUUGUGAAGUAGCCUAUCUAAAGUACACUGUGUACACUUGUAAAAAAGGGGAAAAAACAGAGAAAGAAGAAUUUAGAGUAACUUUAAAAUUGAAUGAUUAAAACCAACAAGUUUUUAUUUAUCUGUAGUAGAGUUGUUUUUGACGAUUGUAAAAUAGUUUCAUAUUACGUUCUUUUCAAGCAAUUAACUUUCUGAAAUCAUGUCAGUGGGUUUAAUAGAUUAAUCAUUUUCAUUCCACAUUGAAGGCAAAAAGCAUCCACAUGCAUAUAUCUCGCAUGUUAUCAUGCGCCAAAAGCAUUUUACGUUAUAAGAAAUGAUUUAGAUUAUUUGUUUUAGAUACAUUUCUUGGAAAGUCUUUAAUGCACGGCAUGCUUAUGGAUCAGCACAAUAUUUCUAAUGAGAAUUUGUUAUUGCUUGAAGCUAAUCUACAGUUGCAAACAAAAUUAAUAAACAACCCUGAAUAAUUA